AUGGAUGCCGCUUUUGGCACUGCUGCCACUGCACUCAACCAAGACACGUUGAACGUGUCACCGUCUCCCCUCAGACCAAUCGCGUCUCCUGUUCCAAGCCAGCAGCAGACACACCAACAGCGUGCCCACACACUGCACUUCCACAACGGCAACAUCAGCAACGACUGCCCCGUGUGCGGUGGCCGUGGCCGCAAGAGUCGUCACAAGGUGUGCGGCUGCUGCUACAGCGGCGUCUUCAACGACAUCAACAAGUACCUUCGCCACAACGCGCACGUGGUUGCACAGGGUUCAUUGACUGUGGAUGAGCUGGCGGUUGGCCUCAAGGCCAUGCCGCGUGGGUGCCGCAACGGCUACACAUGCACGCAGGCUGCAUUCUCGGGACCCAAGGAAACACGAUGCACACGCUGCCGCAGCGUAUUUGCGUGCUCUGCUGUUCCAAAGUUUGCACACAUGCUUCUGCGUCGCGCCAUUCUCAACGCACGAAAGCAAGCUGCUCGCAUGUCAACCUGA